CACAAUUUUAUCAAUCUGUCUGACCAAUACUAGCUAGCUACAUUAGACAUAGAGCUUCUUGCUAGCAGAUGGCGCAGUAAAUAAAGAUUUAGCAGGCCCAAAUCUGGAAGCAGGGUUAAGUCCCAACAGUCAAAUGGUGUGGGACACUACUGUAGGUAACGGUGUGUUAAGUUAGAGUGACAGUAACGUUAAGUCAGCUUGAGGUGUGUCUGAGAGCAGAAACGCAGCACAGGACACACGACAGCCUGCAAACCUACGGCAGGACUUUCUCAACGCUAACUGGUUAAACAGCGAGCCAUCAUGCUUUCCAUCACAAGCACUAUCAUCAAAACCACCCGUGUCAUCCAGCGCGCAAGGCUGCUACACACUUCCUCUGUUGUCAAAAUGCCGAUUCAGGUUGGUGAACCUCUCCCUGCAGUGGAGGUCCAGGAGGGGGAGCCAGGAAAUAAGGUGGCCAUGGAUCAGCUCUUCAAGGGGAAGAAGGGAGUCCUCUUUGCUGUACCUGGAGCUUUCACCCCUGGUUGUUCCAAGACUCACCUCCCAGGUUUUGUGCAGCAGGCUGCGGACUUAAAGAGUAAAGGUAUACAAGAGGUUGCUUGCAUUUCUGUCAAUGAUGCAUUUGUCAUGGCUGCCUGGGGAAAGGAGCACGGAACAGAUGGCAAGGUCCGAAUGCUGGCUGAUCCUACUGGAGCGUUUACAAAGGCAGUUGACCUGCUACUUGACAGUGAUCAGAUUGUGCAGGUACUUGGGAACAAGCGAUCCAAGAGAUACGCUAUGUUGGUGGAAGAUGGAGUUGUGAAGAAGAUCAAUGUGGAGCCUGAUGGCACUGGGCUGACUUGCAGCCUGGCUUCCAAUGUUCUGUCUGAGCUGUAGGCUUAUUUAGAGCUUAUUAAACCAAACUGAGUUACUUUAAAAGUUGCACUAACAAAGCCCAGUAUUAUACUGUUCAAGCUUCCUCCUUUUCCUAAAGACGGAUGAAAAAGUCACAUGGAUGCUAAUGUCGAAAAGAGAGCUGGAAGGUAAUCAAUGCGCACAAAUAUGACAUGAAUGGAAAUUAAAAGGAAAUAGCCUUGUCCUCUGUACACUGAUCCCCGUGAGUAAAUACAAUUCACCCUGAAAGCAAUAA